CAACAGGAAAAUAAUGAGGAUACUGGAGAGUAACUUUCAAGUUGUUAUUAUCAGUCUUUUCCAAACUGUCAAAGAAGUCAUCAGGAAGGCCUUCUGUAAAACAGAACAAUAUACAACACAGAGCUUAAGUUGUCAACUUCAAAGAUGUCAUCAAUCAAACGUCUGGUAUAUGCAGUGAUCCGGUUUUUGAAAGAACAAAGUCAGCUGGAUUCAUACACAUCCGAUGAGCAAGAAAGUUUAGAAGUUGCAAUACAAUGUCUGGAAACAGUGUUUAAGAUAGGUCCUGAAGAUACCUAUCUUUCAGCUUCAAAGAAAUUAGAAGAUGUGUUUUCACAAACCAGUUUCAAGAACGAUGCAUUAACUCCAGCAGAAUCUCCAUCAUCUUUUUCACCAGCAGAAAUAGAAAAAGCUGAACAGUUAAAGGAUGAAGGUAAUAAUUUUAUGAAGGAGAAGAACUAUGGAGCUGCAGUUGAUAGCUACUCACAGGCAGUAGAUCUAGAUCCAAACAAUGCUGUGUAUUACUGUAACAGAGCUGCUGCACAUAGUCAGCUAGGAAAUCACCUUGAAGCAAUAACAGACUGCGAGAAAGCAAUAUCUAUUGAUGGGAAAUACAGUAAAGCCUAUGGAAGAAUGGGACGGGCUUUAACAGCUAUGAAUAAAUACAAGGAAGCUAUCAGCAGCUACCAAAAAGCUUUGGACUUAGAUCCUGAAAAUGAAUCCUAUAAGUUAUAUUUAAAAGUAGCAGAACAGAAGCUGAGACAAGUACCAAGUCCGACAAGCACAGGAUGGGGUUUUGACAUGGCUAGCUUGAUGAACAACCCAGCAUUUGUGAGCAUGGCAGCUGGUUUAAUGCAGGAUCGUCAAAUACAGCAACUGAUAUCUGGAAUGAUGUCAAAUGCAGCAGGUGGCCCCGGUGCAGGUGUUGGUGGAUUAACUGACCUCUCAAGUCUUAUACAAGCUGGACAGCAGUUUGCUCAACAAAUUCAGCAACAAAAUCCUGAGUUAAUACAGCAGCUGAGAAAUCAGGUGCGGAGCAGAUCAUUUAGCGGAACCACUGAGGAGCAUUCUUGACACAGACAGAUAAGCAGCCAUCUUUCUUCAUCACUGAUGAACAACUACUGCUCAUGUGAGAAUAGAAGAAGCGGAUACAACUGGAGAUCCACCGGACUGCAUUCCUUGAAAUAGCUCCAUUGUCACACGCAUCUAGAUAAGCAGAGCACCAAAAAGGUUUAGGGUAUAAGACCAGUGGAAGGACAUAAAUAUAUGCAGCUUGCACACUAGGCUAAUUUUUAUGAAGUUACAUCAUUUAUUUAUACGAGAUAAAAUGAAACAGCAUUGAUAAAAUGUAUAAUUUAGUUUUUAUUUCACGAUUAUAUCUAUGCCUGUCUAUCAGUUUGUUUAUGUGUGCAUAUAUAUAUAUGAUACAGUUUAAGGAAAAGCUAUAUUAUUGUUACACUAGUAUUUGUAAACUCCUAUCAUCAGAUACAAUAAACCCGUAUUGCUACUUGAACACAGGUGGAUACAUCAGAGGAGUUCAGCCUUUGCAUAGAUAUAUUGACUUUAGUAGUUUACAGCUUAAAAGGACAGUCUACUAUAUAAUUGUUAAUUUUUAAAUAGAUAGCUAAUCUCUUUAUUACCCAUGCCCCAGUUUUGCAGAACCAACACUGUUCUAUUAAUACACUAUUUACUUCUGUGAUUACCUUGUAUCUAAGCCUCUGCAGACUGCUCCCUUAUCUCAAUUCUUUUGACAAACUUGUAUUUUAGCCAAUCAGUGCUUACUCAUAAAUAACUCCACAGGAGUGAUCACAAUGUUUAUCUAUAUGACACAAAUGAAAUUACACUGUGUAACUGUGAAAAACUGUCAAUAUUCACUGAGAUAAGAGACAGCCUUCAACGACUUAGAAAUCAGUUUAUGAGCCUAAAUAGGUUAAAGGGACAGUCUAUGCCAGAAUAUUUGUUUUACAAGAUAGAUAAUCCCUUUAUUGCCCAUUCCCUAGUUUUGCAUAACCAACACAGUUAUAUUUAUACACAUUUUACCUCUGUGAUUAUCUUGUAUCUAAGCAAACUGCCCCUUAUUUCAGUUCUUUUGACAGACUUGCAUUUUAGCCAAUCAGUGCUGGCUCCUAGGAGCUCCACGUGCGUGAGCACAGUGUUAUCUAUAUGAAACACAUAAACUAACACCUUCUAGUGGUGAAAAACUGUCAAAAUUCCCUGAGAUAAGAGGCGGCCUUCAAGGGCUUAACUCAUGGUUUAGCUUUCAACUAAGAAUACCAAAGGAACAAAGCAAAAUUAGUGAUAGAUGUAAAUUUAAAAAUUGCAUGCCCUAUCUGAAUAAUGAAAGUUUGUUUUGGACUAGACUGUCCCUUUAAGCUUUCAACAAAGAAUACCAAGAGAACAAAGCAAAUUUGAUGAUAAAAGUAAAUUGGAAAGUUGUUUAAAAUGACAUACCCUGAAUCAUGAAAGUUUAAUUUUGACUUGUCCCUUUGAGAAUGCCAGAGUAAACAAUGCAGAAUAAAACUUUAUUGCCGAAGACAAUUAAAAAAAACAAACAGAUUUUUCUUCAUGGAUAACUGAAAUGCAUCUUUGUAGCAAGUAGACUUUCAUAAGUAACAUGAUUAAAGGGGUAGAAAGAUCAACAUUGAAAUGUGCAUGAAUGUAUUUCAAUUUUAAUAAGUAACAUUUUUACAACAUACUUCUAUUAGCAUAAAUGCUUAUAGUAAAAAUGUGAUAAUGUUUCAGUGGCAUAUGCAUAUAGGCUAUAGUGCCGAUAUAUCAACAGUCGAAUGGACAUGAUCCUGGACAGUUGAAUGGACAUGAUCCUGUCGGAUCACCGUCAGACAGGUUACCAGAACUGCACAAGCAGUUCUGGUAACCUGCUUAUGCAAUGCCGCCCCUGCAGAUUCGAGGCCACUUGCAGGGGGUGUCAAUCAACCCGAUUCUAUCCGAUCGGGUUGAUUGCUGUUCGCCGCUUCAGAGUUGGUGGACUAGUUAAGGAGCAGCAGGGGGCUAAAGGCUCGCUUGGAAACAGGGGGA